AUGCGCCAUGAAACCUCGUCCAGCCGGAGGAAGGGCCCCGCCCUGCGCCGCCGACCCGAGAGACCGCCGUCCCCACAGCCGGGCCCGUCUGCACCCUGGCACUCCCCUCGCUCAGGUCCAUCUGAGGGGUCACCCGAGCCCAGGCGCUCACCUCACCAAGGUACCUCUGAGGAGUCAUCACGCCCGGGUCGCUCGUCCAACCGGAGGAAAAGCGCUGCCCCGCGCCGCCGCCCCGAGAGGCUGCCAUCCCCACAGCCAGGCCCGUCCGCGCCCAGCUGCUCCUUUCGCCCAGGUCCAUCUGAGAAGUCAUCACGCCUGGGUCCCUCCUCACGCCCGGAACGCUCGGCCAGGAUUCGGCGUUUUCGCCCCGGUACCAAGGCCUUGAUGGAGAUCCGCAAAUAUCAGAAGAGCACCGGAGCCCUCUUGCCAAAGGCGCCCUUCUUUCGCCUGGUCCGUGAGGUGUGCCAGACUACCUGCAGACGUGAUUUCAAGUGGCAGGUCUUUGCUCUAAUGGCGCUUCAGGAGGCGGCCGAGGCAUUCAUGGUGCUCCUGUUUAGCGACGCCAACCUGUUAGCCAUGCACGCCAAGCGAGUCACUUUGUUUCGCCAGGACAUCCAACUGGCCCAAAGGAUCCGCGGGUGGCCCAACGCCAUCUGA